CCCACCCUUAGCCAGGCAAACACAACCCCUCCCAAGCUGAGCCGAGAUGAAGCGAAGGGCAGAGGGGCAUUGCUCUCUGAUAUCUGCAAAGGGUCCAAGCUGAAGAAAGUUGGCGUUGUCAGUGACAGGAGUGCACCUAUGAUUGAGAAGCCGAAAGGAAGUGGCGGAGGCGUGUCCAGCAGUGAAGGGUCUUCUGCACCGGUCCAGCCUGUGGGAAGGAUGUUUCAGGGUGGCGUCCCAAAAUUACGACCUGUAGGAGAUGGUUCUGCGGGCAGGUCUGCGUUGCACCCUCCUGGCACUCGUUCUGCUGCACCUCGCCCACCUGGCAGCCACGAUGACCCCGACAGUCCCUCUCAGCAGGCCUCUCCUCCAGAGUCUGGCUGUUCCCAGAGACCGUCCCUACCUGAUCUCUCCCGUUCCCCCGGUGGAGGCAGCAGCCCGUCUACAGGCAUGAAGCACAGCUCUUCUGCCCCACCUCCACCACCCCCCAUGUCUCGGCGUGGAAAUGCUCCUCCUGCCCCGCCGCAGAAAGCCACAGCGCCCUUGUACAAUCGCGAAAAGCCACUUCCGCCGACUCCAGGGCAGCGAGGACCUUCUCCAGCGCCGGUGCGUGAAAACGCACCACCUCCACCAGUGAAGCCUCCUCCGUCACCUGCAAGCAGCCGCUCGUCUUCAUCCUCUUCUUCCUCCCUGGCCCCGCCGCCGCCCCCUUACCGUCAGCAGUCUGGGGUUUCCAAUGGCCCCUCCAGUCCUGUGAAUGAGGCAGCCCCCGAACUGCCCCAGAGACACAACUCACUCAGCAAGAAGCCUUCAGCAGGUGGACACACACCGACACGUGGACAUGUGCCGCCUCCACCACCGUCACCCACCCCACAGGCCGCCAGACCCCCUCCUCCAGCACGAGAGCCCCCGGGACGAGGAGCAGGCAAUGGACACACUUCCAUUUCCCGUUCCUUUGUAGAUGAUUUUGAGUCCAAGUAUUCUUUUCAUCCUCUGGAUGACUUCCCUCCUCCAGAAGAGUAUAGACACUUCACGAAGAUAUACCCAAGCAAAGCUAACAGAGUAAUGAGAGGAGCCCCUCCUUUGCCGCCUGUUGGGAGGUAAACACUGUGACCAGUCACUCGAGCUGCAUCGGCGACGAGGGUUCUUCACACAGACCCAUACGCUCAUAAACAGACAAUCUCACAUGCACAUCUAAAGACACAGAGCCUGCACCUUAUUAACAGCCAUUCCCCCAUCGGAUAACAUUCCUCUGCAUUCAAACAAGCUCCAUCGUAUCACUUUUGUCCGGUGCCGAAGGUCGUCUUCGCUCAGAAAAAAGUGAGAUAAAGGAAAGUAUUGCAUUCCAUCUUUAUUUUAUUAUUUUCCCUUGUACCUAGGUAGCAUUGCACAUUUGGUUGGAUGUGCACUGAGAGCUAGAAGUGGCCGUCAGAGCCUGUAUGUAGGUAAAGCGUAGCACUUGAGACGGGAAGCGGAAAGCAUGUCCCUGGAAAAUGUCUUAACUACUAUGUCAGGCAACA